AUGGACAGAUUGAAAAAAGCACUGAAAUUGCCAAAGCUUCCCAUUGGAGCCAAAAGGAAGAGCAUCAACGCGAGCAAAAUCACUGAAUCUGUGUUCUAUGGAAAGGUGGAGGACGUGAAGAAGCUCGCACAAGAAUAUGCUCAUGAGAAGGACACAUUUAACAGAAUAGCACUUCAUUGUGCCUGUCAACAUGGAAAAGUUGCCGUGGUUCGGUUUCUGGUGGAAAACAAAGCCGACCUCAAUGCUUGUGACGACUAUAAUCGGAGUGCCCUCAUGAAGGCAGUCGAGCACCAGAGGGAGUCCUGUGUCAGGAUACUACUGGGCAGUGGUGCUGACAUAAACCACGUGGACAGUGAUGGUCGAACUGCUCUGCAUUUAGCAGUGGCAAAGAAAAGCAUGCGAAUUGUUGAGCUGUUGAUUAAGAAAAAGGCUGACAUCCAUGCAAAAGACAAGAAUGGUCAUACGCCUCUGGUUCUGGCUGUUCUCGAUGGUCAAUAUGAGGUGGUCGAGUAUCUCAUCAAAAAGGGUGCUGACGUUGAUGUUAGGGACCAGCAGCUAAGGUAACUAGUGAACCAUGGUACUCUGUUGAUCCAUGUGAAAUCAUGUUUCAGACUUAACUGUACAUUUACACUUAAUUUUUCUUGCAGG